AUGCAAUCCCUUCGCCGCAUCACUCUUCUCGCGAUCUGGAUCGUUUGUCUCCUCUUCAACUCCGCCUUUGCCGUAUCUUCAAACGGCAAUGACGACCCCGGAAAGGCGGCAGACGCUGCUCCAACCCCCGUAGAAAUGAUCUGCCACCCGGGUAAGGAAUGUUACCCGAAGGUCUUCGUCCCGACGACCACCUUCCUCCCUGUUGAAGCAGAUCAGGUAAUCCCAGCUGGCCUCCACGUGCGACUAAACAUCGGUUCCGGCGGACGAGAGGCCAAACUCAUUGAUCCCAAUGAAAGCGAAGGAACAGCCGUCUAUGUCGAGAGGGAGAAAAAGGCGGAAAUACAAGCUGGGAUGGAGUAUUCCGACCUCGUUGUGGUUCCGGACCAAGAUAUCGACCAAGGCUCCGUUUUGAACGCUGGAUUGAGUUCUAAUGAAACCGACUCUGCACCACCAGUUCAACAUAUCCCACCUGAACCAGACAACUACAAACCAAACCCUCAUCUUUCAAACUCCGACUGGGAAACGUUCCAUAAUGCGGUUGCGGUACUUAAAGAAUCUGCGCCACAGGCAGCAUCUCUGAUCGAGGCACUUCGAAAGCUGACCGAAUUAUCACACGAACCGGAGUAUGGCGUCAAACUUAUCGAGAUGACUUUACAAAAAUUGAUCAACAUCAUCUCUUCUUCGGACUAUGCGCCAUCAAUCCGUUCUUCAGCGGCGAUAACUCUUGGAAACUCGCUACAGAAUAACGCUGUAGCUCUCUCCCGAGUCAGAAAACUCUUUGGAACGGCGACAAAGGAUGUGGUUUUACACCCGCUUCUAGUCUCUUUACUCAAGAACCAAGAUAAGAUCUUAAACCGAAGAUUAAUGUUCUCAAUCUCCAGAACCGUUAGAAUUCAUAACGGAAAACAGGAUUUUGUGGCUCUUGAUGGUCUUGGAACUUUGGAGAAAGUCUACACUGCGACAAACGAUUUACCGCUCCGGGGUAAGAUCGCUGCGUUCCUUCAGGACGAGUUUUUGGAUAUGGAAAUGAGAGAAAUGGAGGUUAAAUCAGGUGUUAAGGGUGGCUCGCAGAGUGUUGUCAAAGUAGGAGACGACUUAAGUGGAUGGUGCGAGGUCUUACAGAACGACCUGGUGGAAAGGAAAAAUGAAGAAGGAACUGGGGAUUUGGAUAGUGAAGUUAAGGUACUGGUUACACUCAAGGCAUUGAAGGAGAAAUAUGGGAACGGCUGUAAGGCAAUGCCAGAAUUGAAAGGUUGGUUAGGAGGUGAGAGAGUGAGGGUUAAGAAGGAGGACGAUGAUGGAGACUGGAUUAAAGUCCCCUUGGAGGAGGUCGAGCAUGCAUUUUUCGGUGCCACGGCGUAA